UACUACAGCAGCUGAUGCUACAACUACAGUGGCUGACACAACUGCAGCUGAUGCUACAACAACAGUUGCUGAUGCAACAACGACUGAUGUUACAACAACAGUAGCUGACACAACUACAGUGGCUGACGCAACUACGGCAGAUACUACAGCAGCUGAUGCUACAACUACAGUGGCUGACACAACUGCAGCUGAUGCUACAACAACAGUUGCUGAUGCAACAACGGCUGAUGUUACAACAGCAGUUGCUGACACAACUACAGUGGCUGACGCAACUAUGGCAGAUACUACAGCAGCUGAUGCUACAAGUACAGUGGCUGACACAACUACAGCUGAUGCUACAACAACAGUUGCUGAUGCAACAACGGCUGAUGUUACAACAACAGUAGCUGACACAACUACAGUGGCUGACGCAACUACGGCAGAUACUACAGCAGCUGAUGCUACAACUACAGUGGCUGACACAACUGCAGCUGAUGCUACAACAACAGUUGCUGAUGCAACAACGGCUGAUGUUACAACAGCAGUUGCUGACACAACUACAGUGGCUGACGCAACUACGGCAGAUACUACAGCAGCUGAUGCUACAAGUACAGUGGCUGACACAACUACAGCUGAUGCUACAACAACAGUUGCUGAUGCAACAACGGCUGAUGUUACAACAACAGUUGCUGAUGCAACAACGGCUGAUGUUACAACAGCAGUUACUGACACAACUACAGUGGCUGACGCAACUAAGGCAGAUACUACAGCAGCUGAUGCUACAAGUACAGUGGCUGACACAACUACAGCUGAUGCUAAAACAACAGUUGCUGAUGCAACAACGGCUGAUGUUACAACAACAGUAGCUGACACAACUACAGUGGCUGACGCAACUACGGC